AUGAGCUUAUCUACUUCUACAAAGAAGUUGAUACAAAAGAUCAACGAAAGGUCUCAUGAUCUAGAUCCAACUACUCAGUCUAAUUACAAAAAUUUCAAGGUAAAUCAUACAGAAUUAACUUUAGAUGUCUCAUUUAAUUCAAAGACUAUCGAUGGAUUAGUGAAAUACGACUUAACUAAUUUGACAAAUAUUGAUGAACUUAUUCUCGAUACAAGGGCAUUAACAAUAAAAUCAGUAAUAGUCAAUGGGUCAAAAGUGUCAUUCAAAUUAUCAAAUCCUGUUCCAAUAUAUGGUUCAGCUUUAAUUAUACCGUUACCCACCGCAACUUCAUUAAAAGUUGAUAUCGAAUUUCAAACUACUGAUAAAUGUACAGCAAUACAAUUUAUUCAAGGUGAUACUGGUCCAUAUGUAUUUUCACAAUGUCAAGCGAUCCAUGCAAGAAGUUUGUUUCCUUGUUUCGAUACCCCUGGUGUCAAGUCUCCUUAUAAAUUUAUUGGAAAAUCACCAACUAAAGUAACCAUGUCGGGGAGACCUCAACCUUCAAAUGAACCUAAUACUUACUAUUUUGAUCAACCAAUCCCUAUACCAUCCUAUCUAGUUUCUAUUACCUCGGGGAAUUUAUUCAAAGCUCCAAUUGGACCAAGAUCUGAUGUUUAUUGUGAAAAACCAAAUUUGAAAAAUUGUCAAUGGGAAUUUGAAAAAGAUAUGGAAAAUUAUUUACAAAUAGCAGAGUCAUUAGUGUUUGAAUAUGAAUGGAAAAGAUUUGAUUCUUUAGUUUUGCCAUCUAGUUUCCCAUAUGGAGGAAUGGAGAUUCCAAAUAUGACCCAAUUGACACCAACUUUAAUUAGUGGUGAUCGUACUCAAACUAAAGUUAUGGCACAUGAACUAGCCCAUUCUUGGUCGGGGAAUUUAGUGACCAAUACUUCAUGGGAACAUUUCUGGUUGAAUGAAGGUUGGACUGUUUAUUUAGAAAGACGAAUUGUUGGAGCUAUAGGAGCUCAAGAAGCUAAACUUGCUGGAAAAUCUGAUGAAGAAGCAGAACAAAUUGGAGAACAAAUUAGACAUUUUGAUAUUAUUGGAGGUUGGAAUGCUUUAGUUGAAACUUGUGAAACAUUCAAUCCAGAUUUCACAAAAUUAGUAUGGAACUUAAAAGGUCAAGAUCCAGAUGAUGCUUUUUCAAGAAUUCCAUACGAGAAAGGGUUCUUUUUCCUAUUUCAAUUGGAGAAUAAGGUUGGUGGUAAAAAAGAAUUUGAUCACUUUAUUAAGUACUAUUUUGAAAAAUACAGAUACCAAUCAUUGAAUACUUCACUGUUUGUUGAAACUUUGUAUGAGUUUUAUGAACCUAGAGGUAAAAAAGAUGUAUUGGAUACAAUCAAUUGGGACAAAGAAUUAUUCGUGUCUGGGUUACCGGAGAAACCAUAUAUGGAUACAACUUUAGCUGAUCAAGUUUACUCAUAUGGUAAUAAAUGGGUUGAGUAUAUCAAAACCUCACAAAAUUUCGACAACAUCCCUUUUAAAGAAGAGGAUCUUGAUUCAUAUCAAGGUGAACAAGAUAUGUUGUUCAUAGAAUAUCUUGUUGAAAAAUUUAAAAAUUUAGAUGUUCCUCCGGAGUUGAUCAAAAAAUUCCCAUCUAUUUAUCCGACAUAUGCAGCAAGUAAAAAUGGAGAAAUACUAUCACCAUGGAAUGAACUAUUAAUAAUGCAUGGUGAUUAUCAAUCUACUGAUCAAUUAGUCAAAGAUUUUAGUAAUUGGCUUUCAGUCACGGGUAGAAUGAAGUAUGCACGUCCUGGUUAUAAAGUUUUGAAGAAUGGUAUAAGUUUAGAAUUUGCUGUAGAACAAUUCAAUAAGCAUAAAGAGUUCUAUCAUCCAAUUUGCAGAUCUAUGAUUGAAAAAGAUUUAGGGUUAGUGUGA